UCUCACUUCAUCCCUGUAAAGCCAAUCUGUAUUUUUUUUUCCUUUUUCUGCAAUCAAUGCUCAUUAUAAUUUAUAUAUAUUUAUAUAUUCAUUUCAAAACCAAGAAUCACCAAAUCCUCUAUUUAAAAUCUUGAAUUUGGUAAUAAAUUUAUCGUUGAAGACUCCAUUGAAGUUUCAAGAACCACUCUUUCAGCCCUGUCUGCAAUUGACAUAGAUAAUGGAUACAACAAUAUCAGUUCUUACAAAUAAGCUGAGAGAUGCAUCUGAUUGGGUCACAUGGAUAUCCGAAGCUCCGUUUGCAAGAGCUGUGGUGUUUGGAGUUAACAUUGGAGGGCAUCUAUUUGUUGAGGGUCUUCUCCUGGUGGUCAUCCUUUUCCUACUAUCACAGAAAAGUUAUAAACCACCUAAAAGACCAUUGACAAAGAAGGAAAUAGAUGAACUGUGUGAUGAAUGGGUCCCGGAACCUCUUAUUCCCACCAUUACAGAUGAGAUGAAAUCGGAGCCUCCAGUACUUGAAAGCGCUGCAGGUCCUCAUACAACUAUUAAUGGCAAGGAAGUAAUAAAUUUCACUUCAGCUAAUUACCUUGGGUUAUUAGGAAAUGAAAAGUUACUUGAGACAUGCACCAGGGCAUUGGAGAAAUAUGGUGUAGGUUCUUGUGGUCCUCGUGGAUUCUAUGGAACAAUUGAUGUUCACCUUGAUUGUGAGGCCAGGAUAGCUAAGUUUCUUGGAACUCCCGAUUCUAUACUCUACUCUUAUGGACUUUCUACCAUGUUCAGUGCAAUUCCAGCAUUUUGCAAGAAGGGAGAUGUCAUUGUUGCGGAUGAAGGUGUCCAUUGGGGAAUACAAAAUGGACUUCAGCUCUCUAGAAGUACAAUCAUAUACUUCAAGCACAAUGAUAUGGAGUCCUUGAGAAAUACAUUGGAGAAAAUCACUCAAGAAAACAAGCAAGCUAAAAAACUUAGGCGAUAUAUUAUUGUUGAAGCACUAUAUCAGAAUUCUGGUCAAAUAGCUCCAUUGGAUGAAAUCAUCAAACUGAAAGAAAAAUACAGAUUCCGGGUAUUGUUGGAUGAAAGCAAUUCCUUGGGUGUGCUUGGCAGUUCUGGUAAAGGUCUAACAGAGUAUUACAAUGUGCCGGUUGACAAGAUAGAUAUCAUUACGGCUGCCAUGGGGCAUGCAUUGGCCACAGAAGGAGGAUUUUGCACCGGGAGUACAAGAGUCAUUGAACACCAGCGUCUCAGUAGCUCUGGCUAUGUGUUUUCUGCUUCUUUGCCUCCUUAUCUGGCAAGUGCCGCAGUCAAAGCUUUUGAUAUAUUGGAAGAAAAUCCUGGUCUUAUCACAAAAUUGAGGAAGAACAUUAAUACACUGUUUAAAGGUCUAAAAGAUAUUCAGGGGAUGGAAAUAAUGAGCGAUCCACUAUCUCCGAUAGUUUUUCUAAGACUCAAGAAGUCCACAGGUUCUUCAAAGAGUGAUCUAAAACUAUUAGAAGAUAUCACGGAUCGUGUCUUGAAGGAAGAUUCCGUUUUUGUUGUUACUUCAAAGAGAUCAACACUUGAUAAAUGUAAUUUGCCAGUUGGGCUUCGAUUGUUUGUGUCAGCAGGACACUCAGUAUCUGAUAUGGAGAAAGCUAGUAAAUCAUUGAAGAGAGUCGCGGCUUCGCUAUUGACAGAUCAGAGCUAGCAGAAGGACGUGGUUUCAUCAUCUUAAAACUUUGUUGAAAAUAGGGGCAGAAACAUUCUGGGAGUUCAAAUAGGUACAUGGAAAAAAAUAUUGAAGAUACUUCUCUUUUUUUUUUUUUUUUUUACUUUUGUUGUUCAUUAGUGUUUGCAUGUCAACUAUAUUAGAUAGAUCAAGAUUUGCUUCUUGAGGUUGCCAUGCUGCAAGCCCAGAGAAGUCAGUUGUCUUGAUUAAUGUUGUGUUUUAUGUAGUUGUGUUAAUCUUCUUCCCCUUACUGAUUAUAUAAAGAAAAAUAGAAUGGUGGGAUUUUGUAGUUGACUGUAUAGACAUGUUAUUUCUUAUUGGUGUGGAAGUGACAAAUCUCAAUAUUUUAAGGUUUCAGCUAAA